CACGAACACAUUCUGCUACAAACAGCUUUUACGUUUUCGACCCUUUGUCCAGCGGAGCAUCUACAUCCGCGACACACCCAAGGAUCCAGCAAAAUCUUCAGAAAGCGUGACGUCAAAGAGGUGUUCCACAUCGGAGGCUACUUGGGUCAAAUUGAAAUAGCCAAUUUUGAAGAACCACCUUUAAAUGUUUUGCUUUUCAAGAAGUAAGAACUAGUCGUGGAACUGGUAUGUCCUAAAUGUCUCCAGGAAUUCCAUCGGAUCUUUCAUGGCAUUUGAUGUAAUCUUUAUUUUUACAAUGGAAGGUGCAAGGAAUUUUUCUAUCAUGUGUAACAUCUGCGAAAACAACUUGAAAAAUUUGGUUUGAGGAUAGAUGGAAGACUUGGGUACAUAUGGAUAAAACUCACACUUCUCAAGGAUCAGAUGGGUCUAUGGUGCAGUUACUUCUACCUAGUCAUAAUCCUAAUAGUUUCUGCAGAAGAGCGAAAUUCAACUAUCAGGUAUUCCGAAAGAAGAGGUAAAGCUCUUAAAAUUUCAAAAAAAUCCUGCACUGAUCCAAAUGGAAGAAAAGGAAUUUGUACCUUCAAAUGGGAUUGCAUCAACCACAAUGGUACACUCAUGGGUACUUGCGUUGAUGGCUUCAUAUUUGGUACAUGCUGCCAGUACGACUACGAUCCCUUGCUACACGAUGAUUUCCAAAAUAAUCCUUUCAUUUUUGAUGAUUCCAACAACAUCAGAGAUGAUGAGAGACUGGAAACAACAAAGAAAACGACGACUACGACAACAGUGCCAACUGCAGCUAGUCGUCCAGCAUUUACAACAAGGCGACCGUUUAUUACCACAAGGAAGCCCCCAACGUCCACUUCAGCUAGUACUCUAAGUGGUCAGCUAGUGACUUGGACUUCUAUUGGUCCUACUAGGCGUCCUGUACCUCAGCGACCUAUCAUACUUUCUCCAUUUCCAUUUCGUCCCGGCACGAAUUUCCCUUCUUCGCAAGGAGCCUGGCCGAUGGGUGUUGCAUUUCCAGUUGAUCCUUUCCAAAUGAACAGACCGCUUUCGCCUUUCCGCCCACCAAUUUUGAUUCAAAGUGCUCAAAGCAAUGUUGCAAAUCAAAUCGUUCUCCAUCCUGGAACGACAUCAUUUACCAUUUUAAGCGAUUCUAAUGUUACACCUUCAUCGACUAAAGAUGAAAUGACUACUAUAUCUGUACCAAUACCCCAAUGGUCAACUACAUCGUCGGCUAGGCCUACAAGCUUGAGACCACUAAUUACAUCAGUUAGUAAAACGUCCGAAACACCUGGAAUAACAACAGUAGCAUCAUUAUAUUCACAGGGAAAUUUAUCUACUAUUGGACAAACUACAAGCACUACGCAAAAGCCUAUCAGGAACCCUCCUUUGGAUUAUCGUAAAGACUGUGGCGUUCGUACAAUUGGCCCUAGAGGAAGAAUCGUCGGUGGCCAGAGCGCUUACUUUGGACGUUGGCCUUGGCAGAUCGGGAAUUUUUACUCAGAAAUCCAGAAAACUAUCCAGCCAUUUUACAAGGUGAUUGGAGAUCUUGACAUGUCUAAGGGAAGUGAACAGCUGAAACCUGCCAAUGAUGCUUACGGAAGUGGCGUUCCAGGAAUGUACUACAAGAAAUACUUAUUGUUACGGCAAGCUGUGGCUAAAGAUCAAGGGGAAUGGACUAGGAACCGUGGGCGUGGUGCAACUUACAUCCAUUGGGGUAAACAGAAUUGCAUUGAAGUAGCAGAUAAGAUGUCAGACGGCAUAGUUGUAGGCCCACAGAAGAAUGGAGGAGGCUCUAAUUUUAUAUGCUUGUCGAAACUUCCCAAGACUGGGACUUCGUCACCUGACCAGAAUAAUGCUGCCAUCCUUCAAA